GCGGCACGCAGCCCGGUGACGGCUCCGCGCGCGCUCAGCUGCGGGGUUUCUGGGCGAGCGACCCUGUUGGGUGUGAGUUGGCGCCCGCAGAGGCGCUGAAAGAGAAGGUGGUAGGUCUGGGAACUCCGAGGCAGCCCCAGAAAUGAUUCACGAACUGCUCUUGGCUCUGAGUGGGUACCCAGGGUCCAUUUUCACCUGGAACAAGCGGAGUGGCCUGCAGGUUUCCCAGGACUUCCCAUUCCUUCACCCCAGUGAGACUAGUGUCCUGAAUCGACUCUGCCGGCUUGGCACAGACUACAUGCGAUUCACUGAGUUCAUCGAGCAGUACACGGGCCAUGUGCAGCAACAGGAUCACCAUCCAUCCCAGCAAGGUCAAGGUGGGCUACAUGGUAUCUACCUGAGGGCCUUCUGCACAGGGCUGGAUUCAGUUUUGCAGCCUUAUCGCCAAGCCCUGCUUGACCUGGAACAAGAGUUCCUGGCUGACCCACAUCUCUCCAUAUCACAUGUCAAUUACUCCUUAGAUCAGUUCCAGCUCCUUUUUCCCUCUGUGAUGGUUGUAGUGGAACAAAUUAAAAGCCAAAAGAUUCAUGGCUGUCAAAUCCUGGAAACAGUUUACAAACAUAGCUGUGGGGGUUUGCCUCCAGUACGAAGUGCAUUGGAAAAAAUCCUGGCUGUAUGCCAUGGAGUCAUGUAUAAACAGCUCUCGGCCUGGAUGCUACAUGGACUCCUCUUGGACCAGCAUGAAGAGUUUUUUAUAAAACAGGGUCCAUCUUCUGGUAAUAUCAGUGCCCAGGCUGAAGAGGAUGAAGAGGAUCUGGGUAUUGGAGGACUGACAGGAAAACAACUCAGAGAACUGCAGGACCUGCGCCUAAUUGAGGAAGAGAACAUGCUGGCCCCAUCUCUGAAGCAGUUUUCUCUGCGGGUAGAGAUUUUACCAUCCUACAUUCCAGUGAGGGUUGCUGAAAAAAUCCUCUUUGUUGGAGAAUCUGUUCAGAUGUUUGAGAAUCAAAAUGUGAACCUGACGAGAAAAGGGUCCAUCUUGAAGAACCAGGAGGACACUUUUGCUGCAGAGCUACAUCGGCUCAAGCAGCAGCCACUCUUCAGCCUCGUGGAUUUUGAGCAGGUGGUGGAUCGAAUUCGUAGCACUGUGGCUGAGCACCUCUGGAAGCUAAUGGUAGAGGAGUCAGACUUAUUGGGUCAGCUGAAGAUCAUUAAAGACUUUUACCUUCUGGGACGAGGAGAACUGUUCCAGGCCUUCAUUGACACAGCUCAACACAUGUUAAAAACACCACCCACUGCAGUAACAGAGCAUGAUGUGAACGUGGCCUUUCAACAGUCCGCACACAAGGUGCUGCUAGAUGAUGACAACCUUCUCCCUCUGUUGCACUUGACAAUUGAGUAUCAUGGAAAGGACCACAAAGAUGCCACCCAGCCAAGAGAAGGGCCUUCUCGGGAAACGUCUCCCCGGGAAGCCCCUGCUUCCGGCUGGGCUGCUCUAGGUCUCUCCUACAAAGUACAGUGGCCACUGCAUAUUCUCUUUACCCCAGCCGUCUUGGAAAAGUACAAUGUUGUUUUCAAGUACUUACUGAGUGUGCGUCGUGUCCAAGCUGAACUGCAGCACUGCUGGGCCCUCCAGAUGCAGCGCAAACACCUCAAAUCUAACCAGACAGAUGCAGUCAAGUGGCGCCUAAGAAAUCAUAUGGCCUUCUUAGUAGAUAAUCUUCAGUACUAUCUCCAGGUAGAUGUGCUGGAGUCUCAGUUCUCACAGCUUCUUCAUCAGAUCAAUUCUACGAGGGACUUUGAAAGCAUCCGAUUGGCCCAUGAUCACUUCCUAAGCAAUUUGCUGGCCCAGUCCUUUAUUUUGCUGAAACCUGUGUUUCACUGCCUGAAUGAAAUCCUAGAUCUCUGUCACAGUUUUUGUUCGCUGGUCAGUCAAAACCUGGGUCCACUGGAUGAGCGAGGCGCUGCCCAGCUGAGCAUUCUCGUGAAGGGCUUUAGUCGCCAGUCUUCACUCCUGUUCAAGAUUCUUUCCAGUGUUCGCAAUCACCAGAUCAACUCAGAUUUGGCUCAACUACUGCUCCGGCUAGAUUAUAACAAGUAUUAUACCCAGGCUGGUGGAACUCUGGGCAGUUUUGGUAUGUGAAAACUGGUUCAUAAAAUGAAGUAACAGUUCAUCCUACCACGUUCUGAUGUCUGUAACACACCUCCCUAAUUAUUAAACAUCAGAGAUGCCUGCAAACUGAUGAAAGGAUGCUACCUUCUCUUCUAGAAGAGGUAUAAACCCUUCCUACAAUUCCUGUGAGGAAUGGACCAGCUAUGUCUCUGCUGACCACUCAAAGGCUUUUGCUCCUUUACACUAAGACAUCUGUUGGGUGGGUUCAUUUGUGCAAUAGUGGUGUAUUGAGCAUUUACUAUAUCCAUAUGGACUCAUCAAGGUACGGAAGAUACCACAGAAAACAAUCAGGAUCAGUAAAACAUGUUUAGGUUUGGCUCAUGUAAGAAAAGAAUCAAGCAUCUAGAUGUUACCACCAAGUUAGAAAAGACUUAAGGCUUUCAAACCUCCUCUGUACCAUGUAAUUUAUUAUCAAUAUUAUCCUUCAGAAAUUUCAGAUUUGAGAGCCUCCCUCCUUUAAGAGUACUCAAAACCUGAUCUCAAGAAUUCAGCCAGUAGGUUCUCUUUCUUUCAGACUGGUAAAAGGGACAGUUCCAGCUAAAGAUGAUAGAGGUCAAAUUGUCCAGAUUUUAGAUACUGAAAAUUGCAAACUUAAUUUUCCCACCUUAGACUAACCAUGAGUUAAGGUUAUGCUCAGAUAGUGCAGUCACAAAUGUUCACCAUAAACAAAGGAAAUAUCCCAUUAAUAUACCUUCCCUCCAAGCUGGACAAGAAUGCAGUGUUUAGGCCUGUUUGUAGUCACUGAAUGUUCUCUUCACCUACAUUUUGUGCUACCCACUAUGAAAGCCUGUACAUGUCAACUACAGAGGAUCCCUUCCAUUGUUACCUCUACGAGCAAAGCGUGGCAGAUAGUGGACUACUGCUUGUUUUUGUAAAUAAAGUAUUAUUCAAACAGCCACA